AUGCCGUUUGAUUACAAGAAAGUUUUGAUCAUUGGUGCCACCUCGGGCAUUGGCCAAGCUCUGGCUGCCAAGGUUGUUGAGAAUGGCACGCCGGUGAUUGUGACUGGUCGUCGAAAGGAGAAUCUCGACGCUUUUGCGAAAAAAUAUGGUUCUGACAAGGUCAGGACCAAGGUGUUUGAUAUAACACAGUUGGAUCAGAUCCCCAACUUCGCAUCCGAAAUCAUCGCCGACAAUCCCGAUCUCGACUGCAUCCUCGUGAACUCGGGAAUCCAGCGCCCCUUUGACUUCUCCAAGCCAGAAACAGUAGACAUGGACAUGUUCGACACCGAAUUAAUCACCAACUACUCCUCCGCCGUCCGUCUCGCCAAGGCCUUCAUCCCCCACCUCCAAACCCAACAGGACCACCCAACCCUGCUCGGCUUCACCACUUCCCAACUCGCCCUCGUCCCCAUGAUGCGCUGUCCCAACUACGGCGCCACCAAGGCCGCACUGCACCACUUCAUUCUGGCGCUACGCACUCAGCUGGAGUCCGGACCGGGAAACAUCAAGGUGCUGGAACUCUAUCCACCCGCGGUGCAGACCGAGUUGCACGAUACGAAGCAUCAGCCGGAUUUGAAGGAUGGGCACUUAAUCGGAAUGCCGUUGGAUGAGUUUACCGAGGAGGCGUGGGCGGGUCUGUGUGAGGGCAAGGAUCAGAUCCCGGUGGGAAGUGCUAAGGAGGCGUUUGCGAAUUUCGAAGCGAAGAGGCAGGAGGCUUAUCAGCAUAUGACUCGGAUGCUGUCGCAGUUGAUUAAGAAGCAUCUUCGAUGA